CACAAAUUAAGGUUGAAAGAAUAAAAGUUCAUUUUCUUCUCCAAAUAUUUCUCAAAAGCCGCAGCCUCUUCUGCACCAGCCUCUCUGUAUCUUCUGAGGGAAAACGCAACAGGGGAAAAUGGCAAUGGCAAGCUUAGCAAGGAGAAAAGCCUACCUGCUUACGAGAAACCUCUCGAAUUCUCCAACUGAUGCUCUCAGGUACUCUUUAUCCCUCACCAGCUUCUCUCGAGGCUUCGCUUCAUCGGGAUCUGAGGAGAACGACGUCGUCGUCAUCGGCGGUGGACCCGGUGGUUACGUGGCCGCCAUCAAAGCCGCCCAGCUCGGUCUCAAGACCACCUGUAUCGAGAAACGUGGCACCCUCGGAGGCACUUGUCUCAACGUGGGAUGCAUCCCUUCGAAGGCUCUUCUUCAUUCUUCCCACAUGUACCAUGAAGCCAAACAUUCCUUUGCUAGCCACGGUGUGAAAUUUUCUUCUGUGGAGGUAGAUUUGCCUGCAAUGUUGGCUCAAAAAGAUAAAGCUGUUUCUAAUCUCACCCGAGGUAUUGAAGGUCUAUUUAAGAAGAAUAAAGUUAACUAUGUCAAAGGCUAUGGAAAGUUCAUCUCCCCAUCAGAAGUUUCUGUUGAGACCCUUGAAGGGGAGAAUACUGUUGUGAAAGGCAAAAAUAUCAUAAUUGCUACUGGUUCUGAUGUUAAAUCUUUGCCUGGUAUCACCAUUGAUGAAAAGAGAAUUGUUUCGUCAACUGGAGCUCUGUCUUUGUCUGAAGUCCCGAAGAAACUUGUGGUCAUCGGAGCUGGCUAUAUUGGUCUUGAGAUGGGUUCAGUUUGGGGAAGAAUUGGCUCUGAGGUCACAGUUGUUGAAUUUGCCCCAGAGAUCGUUCCAACCAUGGAUGGGGAGAUUCGCAAGCAAUUUCAACGUGUGCUUGAGAAGCAGAAGAUGAAGUUCAUGCUUAAGACUAAGGUGGUAGGCGUUGAUAUCUCAGGUGAUGGUGUGAAGUUGACUCUUGAGCCAGCAGCUGGUGGCGAGAAGACCACACUUGAAGCUGAUGUUGUUCUGGUCUCAGCUGGAAGAGUACCAUUCACAGCUGGACUUGGGCUUGACAAGAUAGGAGUUGAAACUGAUAAGAUGGGACGAAUUUUAGUCAAUGAGAAAUUCGCUACAAAUGUGUCUGGUGUCUUUGCAAUUGGCGAUGUAAUUCCAGGGCCUAUGUUAGCUCAUAAGGCAGAAGAAGAUGGGGUCGCCUGUGUAGAGUUCAUAGCUGGUAAACAUGGUCAUGUGGACUAUGAUAAAGUUCCUGGAGUUGUAUACACUCACCCUGAGGUUGCAUCCGUUGGAAAAACCGAGGAACAACUCAAGAAUGAUAAUGUGCAGUACCGUGUUGGGAAGUUCCCUUUCUUGGCGAAUAGCAGGGCCAAGGCAAUCGAUGAUGCUGAAGGAGUUGUCAAGAUACUGGCUGACAAGGAAACAGACAAAAUACUAGGAGUUCAUAUUUUGUCACCCAAUGCUGGAGAGCUCAUCCAUGAGGCAGUGCUGGCCAUCAAUUAUGAUGCAGCUAGCGAGGACAUAGCACGAGUAUGUCACGCUCAUCCAACAAUGAGCGAAGCUCUGAAGGAAGCUGCCAUGGCAACCUACGACAAGCCCAUUCAUAUCUAAAAAGCAGGUGUUACUUGCUAAUUGUUUUUUAUUUGAAAGAAUUUCAAGAUGAGUUUCGAAAAUACUUUUCCAUUUUGACAUGGUUCUUUCUUGAAGCCUAUAUGACAUGUUUGAAUAGAAUUUGCCCGCCCUUCAUUUUCCUUUGUCUAUGAUGACAGUAAUGCGUUCGCAUUGUCUUGUAAUCUGUUUGGUGAAAUGAAAUGCCUAAUAAUGACAGCACCAAAGGAGAUAGUAAUUCUAGACAAAUUUUUGCCAA